AUGAUGCGAGCUCACUCGAUCAACCUGCAGCAGCCGCAUCAGCGACCCGCCGCCGCUCGCCGCCCGGCCGCCGGCCGCCGCGCACGCGUCCCAGUGCCGGCCCCUGCCGCCGCUGACAGCGCCGGCGGCCUCAGCUACAAAGCCGCCGGCGUCGACAUCGAUGCGGGCGACGAGCUCGUGCGCCGGAUCCAGAAGCUCAACCCCAGCAUCGGCGGCUUCUCGGGCCUCGUGCCCUUCGGGGACUCCUACCUCGUCGCCGGCACCGAUGGCGUCGGCACAAAGCUCAAGCUCGCCUUUGAUAUGAACAAGCACGACACCGUGGGCAUUGACCUGGUGGCCAUGUCGGUUAACGACAUCGUCACCAGCGGGGCGCAGCCGCUGUUCUUCCUGGAUUACUACGCGACGGGCGCCCUGGACGUGGACGCUGCAGAGCAGGUGAUCAAGGGCAUCGUGGAGGGUUGCCGCCAGUCGGGCUGCCAGCUGCUGGGCGGGGAGACGGCCGAGAUGCCGGGCUUCUACCAAAAAGGGGAGUACGACCUGGCGGGCUUUGCAGUGGGUGCCGUGAAGCAGGACCGCGUCAUCACCGGGAAGACCAUCGUGGCGGGUGACGUGGUGCUGGCCACAGCCUCCAGCGGGGUGCACUCCAACGGCUUCUCCCUAGUGCGCAAGGUCCUGGAGGUGUCUGGCACCAGCCUGCACGACCCGGCCCCCUGGGCCAACGGCCGCAGCUUCGGCCUUGAGCUCCUGGAGCCCACCAUCAUAUACGUCAAGCGAGUCAUCGCCCUGCACGAAGCGGUGAACCUCAAGGGGGUGGUCCACAUCACCGGCGGCGGCAUGACCGAGAACAUCCCCCGCGUCAUCCCCAAGGGCCUGGGCGUCAAUAUUGACACCAAGGCCUGGACGCUGCCGCCGCUGUUCCAGUGGAUCCAAGACCAGGGGCGCAUCGCUGACGCGGAGAUGCGGCGGACUUUCAACUGCGGGGUGGGGCUGGUGGCCGUGGUGGGCAAGGCUGACGUGGAGAAGGCGCUGCAGGCGGACCCAGAGCUGUUUGUCCUGGGGGAGGUGGUAGAGGGCAGCGGGGUCACCUACAUCUAA